AUGUUGUCCAAAGUGGCAUUGGAGUUAAAGCAGCGCCCUGAUGGGAGAAGAGCUUUUCCGGAGCCAAACCAAGUAAAGGUAGAAUGGGAAAGUAGAGCUGGAGCUGAAGAAAACUCAUCGCGACAAGGAGGUCAAUCUUAUCUUCACGGAUUCUUGGGUGAGCAUGUCGUCUUUUUGAUUUACGGGACUGUUUCUGCAAAGGGAGGAUUUGGAGAUAGCAUGUUCAGUCAGGUAUCUGAACUAACUCACAAAUUACAAAACUCUCUUAAGUUGUAGCA